AUGGGAAAGAACAUCGGCUUUUUCAAACAACUCACUACCGGAAUCGGACGUCUGCGGAUGAGAAGAUGUGGUCCAACACAAGCUUUGACUUCGCUCGUCGCUUACGCUCAAAAAUCAAGCUACGAAGAAGAGGAAGUCGAAACUUUCUAUAUGGACCUGGAGAAGUUCUACCAAGCAGAUCAUGCUUUCUACAAAGUCACAAUUGGCGAUUUCAAUGCCAAAAUUGGCCCAAGAAGAACGCCUGAGGAACUUCACAUCGGGAACCACGGCCUACAAUGGAAUGAACAGGGGAGAGGCUCUCCGUGUUCAUCAUGA